AUGCACGACACAGAACCAAAGAGGGGCAGAAGGAGGAUUUGUCAGGGAGGAAGCCUGAACGGAGGAACUCACCGGGACAGAGACGGAAUCCGCGGGGAGGGCGCCUGUGGGGUCGUCGUCCCCGAGCAGCGGCGCGGGCUCAUCGGGCGGCGGCCGGGCCGGGAGGCGACACGUCGUGCGAGUAGGAGUGCAGGAAGGCGCGCACGCCGUCGAUGCCCACGAAGUGCGAGACGGGCACGCCGCGCAAGGCGCCGCUGUCGGGCGGCAGCAGGUGCUGGCGGUGGCAGCGGCGCAGGCGCAGCGCCAGCAGCAGCAGCAGGAAGGCCAGGAAGAGGCACGAGACGGCGGCCACGGCCAGCACGAGCCAGCGCGUCAGGCUGGCGGCCGGCUGGCCCGGCGCUGCCGCCGCCUGGUCGUCGGGCGCGCUGGCCAGCUCGGCCAGCAGCUCGGCCACGCUGUCGGCCAGCAGCACGCUCAGCGUGGCCGUGGCCGAGAGCGCCGGCCGCCCGUGGUCCCGCACCAGCACCAGCAGGCUGUGGCGCGCCGCGUCGCGGGCCAGCGGCGAGCGCGCCGUGCGCACCUCGCCGCUGUGCAGCCCGACGCGGAAGAGCCCCGGCUCCGUGGCCUUGGCCAGCUCGUAGGACAGCCAGGCGUUCUGGCCCGCGUCCGCGUCCACCGCCACCACCUUGGCCACCAGCGCGCCGGCCUCCGAGCGCCGCGGCGCCAGCUCCACGCCCGACCAGGCCGCAGCGCCCGAGCCCGCCGCUGCGGCCGGCGGCGGGUACAGCACCUGCGGCGCGUUGUCGUUCUCGUCCACGAUCAGCAGCCGCACGGACACGUUGCUGCUCAGCGCCGGCGCGCCGCCGUCCUCGGCCAGCACGCACAGCUGCAGCUCGCGCAGCUGCUCGUAGUCCAAGGAGCGCAGCGCGUACAGCGCGCCCGUCUCCGCCUGCACCGACACGUACGACGACAGCGGCGCGCCCCGCACCCGCCCCUCCGCCAGCCGGUAGCGCACGCGCGCGUUCUGCCCCCAGUCCGCGUCCGUGGCGCGCACCGUCAGCACCAGCGCGCCCGCCGCGUUGUUCUCCGCCAGCCGCGCGCUGUAGCGCUCCUCCAAGAACAGCGGCGCGUUGUCGUUCACGUCCAGCACCCGCAGCGCCAGCACCGCGCUGCUCUGCAGCGCCGGCGACCCGCCGUCGGCCGCCCGCACCGUCACGUUGUACUCCGACACCUGCUCCCGGUCCAGCUCUCUCGCUGUCACCACACGGUAGUAGUCUUCAUAGGACUUCUCCAGCCGGAACGGGACAUCCCCGUCGAGCGAGCAGCGCACAUCACUGUUGA